UAGUAGCAGCAGGAGGAAAAGGGAGGUGUUUCUGAGCAAGAAUGAGAAGAGGAUUUUUAUCUGCUUUGGGAGCUUGAAAAAGAUUUCCUCAGAGGCUUCAGGCACAGCAGGUGGGGAGGAGAGUGGAAGUGGAAGUGGAGCUACCUCAGUAGCAAUCCUGGAUCCACACCUGCCUUUCUGAACAUGUUGGAAAGGGCAGGAAGAACAGGAUUCUUAGGGGAGACACCUAUGACUUCUAUAAGCUGCCUCGCUUACAUAUCGGAAGAAUGGAAUAUCAUGGAAUAUUUGGAGACAUGUUUAUAUGUGGUCAUCUUAGUGGUUGUGGCUGUAAUUUUAAUUUUUCCUAUAAUACUCAUCCUCUGGCUCUACUCUAAUUGUAUUUUUGCUGUAAUUUAUAAGAGGUUUGCUAAGAUAAAGUCAAAUCAUUCUGAUGAUAUCUGGGAAAGUGCAAGGAAAGCCUUCAUAUAUUUCUGGGAUUUGUAUGGACGAAUAUGGCAUGGUUAUGAGCUUCAUGGCUUGGAAAACAUACCAGAAGGACCAUGUGUUAUUACUUUUUAUCAUGGAGCUAUUUCUAUAGACCACAUCAUCUUUGUAGCUAGGUACUUUCUAUUGACGCACAGAUUGUGUGUGUCAGUAGUCCAUCGUUAUUUUUUUAAAUUACCAGGUCUUCAAUCAUUGUUAGAAGCUUUUUCAUCUAUAUCAGGUACAAAGGAAGAAUGUAUGAAUGCACUAAAAAAUGGCCGAGUGGUGGCUGUCGCACCAGGUGGUGCUCGAGAAGCACUCUUUAGUGAUGAAACUUACAAACUUGUAUGGGCUCAUCAUAAAGGCUUUGCUCAACUGGCUAUAGAUGCCAAAGUGCCCAUCAUUCCAAUGUACACUGAAAAUAUUCGGGAAGCAUAUAGGAUGCCUAAGGAAAGGAGAUUAACUAGGUGGUUAUUUGAAAUUAUUCGAUUGCCAUUAAUUCCACCAUAUGGAGGGCUUCCAGUCAAACUCCGUGCACAUGUUGGAGAACCCAUUCCAUAUAAUCCAAAUAUAACUGCUGAGGAACUAGCUGAAAAGACAAAGACUGCGCUCCAAAAUCUGAUACACAGACAUCAACAAAUACCAGGGAGCAUGUGGAAGGCUUUUUUGGCACGGUUCGAAAAAUCACAAAAAAAUGACUAGAAAAUUUUACAUAUUUAGUGACUCAUUAAUUAUAAAAAAUUACAUGUAGUUCAAUAAGCAGUCCUCUGACAAUUCAUAGUAAAAAGAAAUGUUCUGUAGAAAUGGUUGCUGGAAGAUUGUCACUGAUGUUACAUAUUUCAUUUAUGGAUUUCCGUAUAACCAAACAAGAAAAAUGUGAUUUGAUUGACUGUAGAUUUUCCUGUGUUGUAUCCAGGGCUCAAUCUUGCACUCUCUACCCAAACAAAAUUCCUGAUGAUUUCAAUAGGAAGCUUGCUUGAAUACAAGCUACAGCAACAGACAGAGAACUUAUGCAAAAAGGUGCAUGCAUUUUUUUUAAGUUAGUGAACCAAAACCAAAGGGGCUUUGGUACAUAACUGUUACUUUAAGUACUUAGGAACCUAGGUUUCAUUGUUUAGAUCUUCAGAAUACCAUCCUUCUCAGCUCUACCUAAUCAUGCAAGUGCCUAAAUUUCUGCCUGUGGAUAUGUGCAAACCCUGUCUAUAUCCUGAUGCAUCUGAGCUGCUUGGAGGCUAAAUCCUGGUGUCUCAAAGUAGAUGUUGCCUGCUUACCUCACCUGCAGGUACAAUCCGGUAGAUACUUUUUUCAGUACACCUGUUGGAGUAAGCAUCCUCCCAUGAUAGUAGAGAAUGAGAGACCGUGUGGGUCUCAGUAGUCCAGUGCUUAGGAUACUGCUUGGGAUAUGUGAAAGGGAGGUUUCCAUUCAUGCUCCAAUGACCAUAUUUCCACAAAGAGGAGUGUUUUUUAUAGGAAAGCAUGAGAAAAUAGUCCUCUCAGAAUAUGAAAUAGUGACAUUGAACGGUUGCUUUGAAUUUAUUUGAGUCUCUGUUCCAAUAAGGCAGAAAAGGAAUUUGAAAAUGCAUUCCCCCCAUCUUGCUAGUGAGUGUUACAGCACCUAGGUUUAAAAGAGUGCAUGUGUGUUGGGAGAAUCGUGCUGUUCUCUUUCACAAGGAUUUAGUGGCUAACUCCAGGAAAAACUUAGGUGGCUAAAUAGCAGCAAAGAAUAGGAUCACUUGUUUGCUAUGCUAUCCAAUAGAAAAUGUUGAGACAGCUUCCUGCUCACAAUGUUGCUGUAUAUGUAUCCCAUUCUUAGGCACCCAGACUCCCCAUGUAACACCUGGGCAGAAUUAGGUGCCUAGCUGGGUCCAGGAUUGCAGCAGGUACCCCUAAAGGUUGAGUGAUGCAUCCCCCAAGUCCCUUUGUAGUUGCACCCCUAAAUGCCUAACCAACAGCUUUCAAGAUAUUAACUCAUUCCAAAAUGGCACUCCUUAUAAUACAUUUUCAGCAGUUCCCCAUUUCUAACUGUGCAUGUUGUUCCUAGAUAAUUUUCAACUUUCUUCUCACGUUUAUCUGACAAAAUAUUGAGUCCAAUUUUAAGUCGAGCUGAAUUAUUAGACCCCCUUUAAGUGCCUGUAAACUGAAGCUUUAUAUAAAAUAUGGCAUUAGCUGGAGUUUACAUUUUUCAUAUGGUGCAUAUUAAUUCCUAGAGUACUGAACCCAAAAUUGCCAGUGAUUUUUAAGUAAUGGUGUAUAAAGUCCCUCAAGUGAGAUAAGAAGGGAACUAUAAAAGGUUUUCCAUACUCUACUCAGUAAUAUAUUUCAAAAAACUUUUCUGUUUCUAAAUGUUGCUCCCUCCAAUAUGUUCAGCAUUUCCAUAGUAAAAUUACUGUCAGGAAUGAAAUACUCUUUGCUGUAUAAGUAAUUCUCAACCAGAGUGCUGUGCAGUUCCUUUGAAGGGUGCUGUGAGGUGUGAGGAGAUGAACAGAUAAGUGCAGGCUUGGGCUUGUCCCUGCCUAGCUGAUCUCUUACCCUCACUGCCUGGCCAGUCUGCAAGGAGGCAAUCACUGUAAUCUGUAAAUAAGUUUUUGGAACUGGGUGCCACUCAGUGAGGUGUGCCUUCAGUCCAAAAAGGCUGAGAACCACUCUGCUAAAGAUGCAGCAUGUCUCUUACUUAAGUCAGUGGCAAAAUGCUCUUUUACUUCAAUGGUGCAGCAGUCUAUAAAAUCUAUACAAAAUAUCCCAUUUUGCAUUGUAGGAUGUAUGAGUUUUUGUUACGCAAUAGCAAAUUAUUUUGUUGUUAGUUUCAGUCAAUAAAGGCAAUCUCCAAACACACACAAGUCAAUGGCAGGACUGAAACAGUGAGGGUUGAUUCCAAUCUCAAAUGCUUACUUUGCUGGGAAGAACAUGAGCACUUAAUUAGUGCAAAAAAAUGAGCUGUGUGUUUCAGAUAAAGCUUUCAAAUAGAUUGCAAGUGAAUGCUAUUAAAAAAAAAAAAGUAUGGCUUAAGUUUUGCCAACUUUCAUGGUAAAAUUACUAGCCUGUCCCAACUGGAUGUUUUAAUAUAAACUCCCAAGACUCCUGGAGACAAGUGACACUGUAAAAAUCUCAGCUGUCAUUUUUUAAAAAGUCUAACAGUCCUGUUUUUAGUCCUGGAAAGCUUGACCUGCUUUCUGAAGCUACCACAAAGCCUCAAUAACUAGAAAGCAAAUAGGAAGGCAAAACUGUAUUUAUUUAAAUAAAUUCUUUAAAAAUUAUUAUCGUGAUUUCUUUGAGGCUCUUACUGUCAAGUGUAUCUUUUGGUUGCCAUUUAAAAAACUGCAGUAUAUAUUUUGGAAACACU